AGUAAUGAAAACACGGACGAAGAAAGAACAUAAGGGAAAGUCGUGUUUAGCCUCCGGCAAUUCCAACGACUCAUGUUUUCGGGAAGUCACGACUGUAGUCUUUACAGUCCAAUGAUUUGCUGAAAACUGCGAGGUUGUUAACGCCAUAACUGCGGAGCAUUUCCAGUGAGCUCAUUCCAUUGAUUAUCCAGGCAAUUCUGCCGUUUUUGCCCGGGAAUUUGCCGAAUCUGCGUGUGUUUUGGAGUGGUGAGGUUUUUAUAAAUGAGUAUUUGUGUUUGCCAUGGCAAUCGACUCCUAUUUGUUCCCGUCGUACUUCCGAAACCACUUGUAUUUUCGCAAAAUCGAAAUCUUGUAGCUCAAUUGAGCGUUGAGGAUGCCGCGAAACGGAAUCCGUCUCGGUUUUCUGGUUCAAUUUUUUCUGUUGAACGCUCUGGGAAACAUGAAUUUCUAGUUAGAGCUGCUGCUUCUUCUCCUUCUGCUCCCCUCGAUGGAGACUCUGAGGAGCUACAGGGAGCUAGGCCGGAGACAAAAACUAAAAGAAUAGCCGGCACAGAUCAGGAAGAAAUUGAAGAUCCGGUCCUUCUAUCCGAUCCCGAUAGUUGUUUUUGUGAGUUCAAUGGGGUGAAAAUCCACCACAAGAUUUUCGACUCAGAAUCAUCAGCUCUGGAUAGUGUGAAACAAGGAUCAGCAUCAAAAUGCACUGAGCCUACCAAAAGGAUCAAUUAUCCUAUGAUUCUAUUACAUGGCUUUGGAGCCUCUCUCUUUUCGUGGCACCGAGUGAUGAAACCCUUAGCUCGGAUCACUGGCUCAAAAGUUCUUGCAUUUGAUAGACCAGCCUUUGGAUUGACAUCAAGGGUAGAUGCAAUCAACCAUUCAUUUGAUGGUAAAAAGGACUCCAGACCCUUGAAUCCAUACUCGAUGCCGUUCUCUAUACAGGCUACGCAUUACUUCAUCAACACCUUAGCUGCUGAAAAGGCUAUCCUCGUGGGACACUCAGCUGGUGCCCUUGUAGCAGUAAAUGCGUAUUUCCACGCCCCCGAACGUGUAGCAGCUCUGAUCCUUGUUUGCCCUGCAAUUUUCGCUCCGUUUCCUUGGCAGAAAACUGUCAAAAAGGAGCAAACUGGAGGCAACAGUGAGAUACAAGAGAAUGAUUCAUAUUCAACUACCAGUGGGAAUCUGUUUUCCAUAUUAUGCAGCCUAUUGUUAAAGAUGGUUAAGUAUGUCGCACAGGCUAUAGUAAAUACGGUGAAAGGCAUGGCUAAUGUGAUCGAUUCCCUUUACAAGAAAGUUUUAUCCAAUAUCCUGCGGUCUGCAAUUGGUGUUACACUGAUAAGGAUGUUCAUUGAUAGAUGUGGCGUGUCCAUCAUUCGCUCUGCGUGGUACAAUUCUAACCAGUUUUCAGAUUAUAUAUUACAAGGCUACACCAAGCCGCUAAAAAUCAAGGGCUGGGACAAGGCUCUAUUGGAAUUCACAGUGGCUACACUAACAGAUUCUGACUCUCAAGCAAAACCAUCUAUAACAGAACGUCUGAACGAAAUUUCUUGCCCGGUUUUGAUUGUAACUGGUGAUACCGAUCGAAUAGUACCUGCUUGGAACUCUCAAAGACUUUCGCAAGCCAUUCCGGGAUCUUCCUUUGUAGAAAUCAAGAAAUGUGGCCACUUGCCCCAGGAAGAAAAGCCUGAAGAGUUCUUGUCGAGUAUUGAUAAAUUCUUGCGAGCAGCGUUUGGUGUCUCGGAAGAGCCACUCCUCCAACCUGCAACUUAAGGUUCAUUUCACUUCAUGUAAUGUUAUUAUUUGUGAUAAAACACAUGCUGAUUAGGUUAUCAGAAUCGAAUGAGUUAAAAGGGCUCUUGUAUGCCGGCUAGAACUAACAACUUCAUUUGCUUAACGAUGUAAAUUCCCGGCAUGAUGUAACAUGGCUUGUUCCCAAUUUAUACAGAUUUUUUGCUAUGAAGAAUACACAA